AUGGAAGAUUCUAAAAACAACACGCAAAUGACAAGUACAUCAGAAGAUACCCAACAAUGGCUAGACGAGGCGGAGGCAACCCUAGGUCAGUUACAGCAGGACAAGAAAUCUACGGACUCGCAUGACUCAUUCGAAAAAAUCCACGGUCAGGUGCUUCAAUACGUUGCUGAGGGUCGUUACGAAGAGGUACCGCUUCUAUGUGAGGAAGCGGUUGCCCAACUGGAGAUGAUAUACGGCCACGAUCAUCCAAACGUUGCGACCAUUUUGAAUACUCUAGCGCUAGUGCACUGUGAUCAGUGCAACUACAAGGAGGCUGAACGUUUGUUAGCCGAAGUUCUGGCUAUUAGAGAAAAAACGCUCGGAAAUCAUCCAGACGUCGUCGCAACAUUAAAUGACCUAUCAGUUUUGCAUGAGGUCUGUGCCAACUAUCAGAAGGCUGAAUUAUUCUAUUUUAAAGCCAUAGAUAUGCGAGAACGGUUGGUAGGUGAAUAUCAUCCGGACGUAGCCUUGCAAAUUCAAGACUUGGCUUUACUAUACCAAAACCAGAUGCUGUACGAAGAAGCAGAAUUUUGUUACAAACGAGCUAUGGAAAUUUACGUAUCAUCGUUAGGACCAGAAAGUUCAUACGUUGAAGUUGCCAGAAAUAAUCUGGCCAAGUGUUACUUAAUGCAGGACAGAUUCAAGGAUGCAGAAAUACUGUAUAAGCAAGAGCUCACAAGAAUACACGAGAUAAGUUUCGGUCCUAUCGACCAGCACAACAAGCCGAUAUGGCAAAUUGCCGAAGAGCGACAGGUGGCGAGGGGUAAAAAACAUGACAAUACGCCUUACAACAUGUACGGCAGCUGGCACAAUGUUAUCAUGGUACAAUCAUCAACGGUGCCGGCUACCCUGAGACACUUGGCGGAGUUAUACUAUCGACAGGGUAAACAGGAAGCCGCUAGAACACUGGAGAACUGCGCUGCACGAGCCAUGCAAGCCACUAGUAGUAUUAAGGCGACAUAA